AUGGUUCAUAUGCCCUUUGGGGUGGCAAGGACAGCCCACUUGUCCGACAACAAAACUCAAGGACCUGUUCUCGGAGAAAUCUCUUCUCCACCACCUCAGCUGGUUUGGCCCAUCAGACUGGACCAAGGACUUCCACCUGGGGUUUCUGAGCCUCAGUUUGGCAGUUGGAUCCUCUCUUUCAUCCUCAAAAUGGAAGACAGCACAAAAUCCAAAGAAGAGCAGCCCACCCUAACAGCUUCACAGGGACAAGAGAUCUUGGAUGAAGAAACUGUUGGGAAAGACUGUGUGCAGAAGCUAAUGCUAAGGAGUGGUAAACAUUCCUUUCUACUUCACUUUGUUGCACCACUCUGCAGGCCUGAUACCACUGCAAUGCCAUUCAGAGCGUGGCUGACCCAGAAAGGUGUCAGCUCUCAGGAUGUUACAGAGACAGCUCCUGGAAUCCCAGGAGGAAGUGGGCAGAUCGUCACAACUACAAGCACCAGCAAGACGCAAGCGACCACCCCUACAAGCAAGCAAGGAAACCCACCAUCCACCUCUAUGAUGUCAACGGCCACAGUUCAAAGGACCACCCUUACAAGCAAGCCGGGAAACCCACCGCCCACCCCUGUGAUACCACCCACCACUGUUCAAGGGAUCAGCCCUACAAGCAACCCAGGAAACCCACCAUCCACCCCCACGACACCGCCCAGCCAUUCUUUGCAGGUCAGCUCUUCAGCCAGCUCCGGAGCCUCCACAGUCACCCAUGCUGUGACCUCCAGUGUGUCCCAGCAGAAGACCAGCCCUCCAGCCAGCUUGGGAAGCACAGCAGCCACCACUGCUGCAAGUCCUGUCCCCACUCAUGCGAGAGGCCCUCCAGCCACCCCAGGAGGUUUAGGGACUGCCAUCGCACCCUCUCCCAGUGUGCAAGCUCAGGGAAGCCAGCCUUUGGACCAGCUGACCAGCACCAUUGCGAGCACCGGAGUCCCAACAAGCAGCCUUCUCCCUGGUCUCAAGGACUAUGGCAUCUCUUCUCACACAUCUGUCACCAAGCAGCCUCAGUCUUCUCCCAGUUCACCAGUCCAAGGACUGGCCUCUUCCACCAGACCUAGAAGCACUGACACUUCUGUUACCACUUUUGCUGGAGCCAUCUCCCCUACCACUAGUAAAGCUUCUCUGUCUUUAUCACCUGGCAGCAUCAGCAGGGUCUCAGAGGCAGCCACCACGCCGACUCUAGGAGCAGACCAGCGAAGCCAUGAGGCUGAAACUGCAUCAACCAAACCUGCAAGCGCUGACCAGAGCCCCACCAGUGCAUGGCCAUCAGCCCCAGCCCCGGGGGACCAGACGGCAAGCAGCAGUCCCGGCCACCAGCACCCUAACGCUUCUUUCCAAAAUGAGGUCAUUUGUACAGACCAGGUGCAAAAUAAUUGGCCCACCAUGUAUCUGAAAGAAGCCAGAACCUGUGCUGAGUGGAGGACCGCCAGCGUCAACGUCUCCUUCUUCGAGAGCUUCUGCUCAACAGGCCAGCACGCUUUCAACGCCAGCAGCGAAACGUGCACGGUGAUACUGACCUCCUGCGAGCCCCGCUCCCAGCACUGGGCCGUGCGUGCAGUUCUGCACAUCCCUUUGGACCCUGAAAAAGUCCUCAAGGAGCUGAAGGAGAAGAAGGACAAGUUAGAGCAGCUCGGCAUCGCCAACAUCACCUACGACAAAAUGGAGAGGGAGAUGAUAAUCAACGAUGAGUUCAGCACGCCCCUGAUCAUCACCAUCAUCACCCUGGCCGGCUCCCUGCUGCUGAUUAUUUCUGGCACUCUUUGCAAGCGCUUCUCCCAAAAGAAGGACCAGCACAUCCACCCUGAUCUCCCCGGGUUUGAUGAUGGACAUGUGGCCCUGAUCUUUAAUCAGCGCCUGACUGAGGAGCUGCAGACCAUGGAGAACGGCUACCAUGAUAACCCCACGCUGGAGGUGAUGGAGACCUCCUCUGAAAUGCAGGAGAAGAAGGUGAACCUCAACGGCGAGCUAGGGGACAGCUGGAUCGUUCCUCUCGACACCCUCAUGAAAGAGGACCUGGAGGAAGAGGAGGACACGCAUUUAUAG